GUUCCACUGUGUAUCAGCCAGAAAUUUUAGGAGACUGUCUCAUAUCAUAGACUAUGGGCUAUACAGCCGAAUAAAUGGAAAGGGAAAAAGACUUGGUGAAGCAAAUUCCUUUAAGUGAUAAAGCGAGUUGUCAGUGAACCUUCUGCAGGACAGGGAGGAGCAUCUGCAGCGGGUGCAGGCUCCUGGGAAGCGCAGGGUAGGUCCCACCUGGCUUCCUGAAUGCUGGUGGCUUCUGGCAUCCUGGCCCUGGCAGAGCAGCAGCUUAUAAACUCCUUUUCUAGAAGCUGUCAGACUUUGGAGAGGUCGUGCAGGAAAUCUGGGCCUUCACAUUGGCAGCCUGAUGAGCGGAGACAUUCUGCUCUCAGAGAUGCGAGUCCUGGCCUGCACCCCUGUCUCCCGGACCGAAGCCCCGGGCAAGCCAUGACCUCCUCCCCCAUCUGCUGCCUUGAGAAAAGGGCAGAUUGCUCUGAAGCCAUAAGUAAGCUGCAUUGGAAAAGAAACGAGAGUCCCUGGGUUCCAACCUGGCGCCCACUCCUCCUUACAGCCUGCUUUGUGUUCCUGCUCUUUGCUUUCCUGGCGCUGCCGCUGUCCAUGGCCUUCACAGGAAUGAAGUUUUUGGAGGACUGUCCCCUACAGCCCCUCAUUCCUCUGUAUUUGCUCGAGGGUGGGCUUUUUUUUUUUUACCUUAAAGGUAAAGUCUGAGCGUCUCUCCCGCUGUACGACUCCACCCGGAUGAGGCGGCUUCCGGCCAAGGCCGAGCUGAUCGACAACGAUGAUGACGACGACCAACAUCCCUGCAGGCGGGACACACACAGAUAUUACGCCCCUCUCCUCAGCCUCUUCCUCUUCCUCUGGUUCAUUCUGGGAAACUACUGGGUCUUUGCUAUUUACCCGCCUGAUUUUCUUCCCCCUUUCCAGCAGCCUCAGGAUUACUGUGACAAAACCCUCUAUCUCUUCGCAGUAGCGGUCCUGCUGCUCAGCCACACCCUGCUGGGCUUACUCGUCCUGGGCAGCGGCUGUGUCUACAUGUGGUCCAGGUGGAGGUCUGCUGCUGCGGAAGACUGAGAACCCCUCCCCCGGCACACACACAUGCACCAGUGCAGGCACGUGUGCAAGUACACGCGUGCACACACUGCUGCAGGAGAAGGGAACGCUGUAAAAGCCAUAAAACCUUCCCUGCAACCAUUUAAGAAACCACCGAAAUGCUCUGAGUAUUCUAGCAGACUAAAGAAACGCUUGCCUGCCUGGGUCUGGGAAAGACACUUUGGCUUUUAUCAGAGUGGGGAUUUUGUAUUCGUAAGAGUUUUCAAAGGCUUUUUU